UCCGUCGCGCGCCGGCUCACAGAGUUGUGCGUCCGCUCGGCGUGUGGGGUUGUGUGUGUGUGUGCGGCUCCGCGUGCCAUGCAUUGGAUAUCUUCCCUGCCCGUUUGGAAUUAACGCAACGUCGUCUUCAUCGCCGACUGGGAUUUUUUACGGAUACGGAGUCGCUGUUAGGCUAUCGCCGGGAGUUCCGGCGAGCCGAUUCCGUGGAUGAUCAUCGGAGAGCAGUGGUGGUAAACGCGGCUUCGACCAUGAUUCUAUCCACGUGCGCUUCGUCGCAGCCGGCGCCCAAGCGUUCCCAGUGGAAGGUGGUGGACUUCGGACCCCCCGCUCCUAUGAGCGCUAGGAGCCUGGAGGAAGCCGAACAGAUGUGCUCCAUGUUCUUGAACGACUACUCGGGGCCCAGCUCGCCGGGCGUCCAGUUGGAGGACCUCAUGAUGGACGAUUUCCGGAUGGACUCCCCGACCAAGGAUUUUUGGAAGCUCCUGCCCACACCGCCGAGGUCGCCCGAUCGCUCGGACUCUUCUUCGAGCGGGAGCAUCGGAGGCCCUGUCGACAGUGGUGCCGUCUUGGGUGUUGGUAGUGACGGUGUCGACGACGUCUGCGACAGCGGUAGCAGCAGCGGCGGAGCGAUCACCGAGGUGUGGUGUGGUUUCCAGAUGGAGGAUUUUUACACCGCCGACGUGUCCGUGCCCACGACCGCUCCGUACAUGGAAGACCAGGCUCCGUCCAUGGAAGACCAGGAGGCCCUCUGUUCCAUUCUGUUCGAGCACGAUGACUUCAUCGAUCAGUUGCUCAAGGACGACUCAGUGCUAAACUCUGUUCUCGGAGGCGGCGGAGCCGACGACGGCGACGACGUCGUUGCCGAGGACGAGGAGGACGUCGUCGGCGCGAUCGUCUCGCCUCACGCUCCGGCGGUCGUGGACUGGCUGUCUCCGGUUUCGCCGACGCAGUCCGCGGUGCAGAGCGAGCUGCUUCACGACUGCAUGUGGUCGGGACAGUGUACGGACGACUGCAAGCAGAAGGCUGCCCGGGAGAAGCGAUGCGCCGCACAGCUGGCGUCUCCGUACGACCUGGUCGUCUCGCCGGCGUCGGCCAUGUCCGCGGGCUCGCCCGACGACGUGCUGGAGAUGCGGAUUCCUUCGUCUUCGCCGACGUCGUCCAGCAGAAGCAUCGCGGCGGCCGCCCCUACCGCGAAGCCGUCGACGACAUCUCGGGUAGCAGCAGCUCCUGACGACGCGCUGGCCACUCAGUGCGUCGACCCCAGUUCGGUGCUCAGCUACACGCCCCUGAGCGACCACUCGUACCACCAGGCGACGUCUUCGGCGCCUCCCACGCCACCGGACUCUCCGAAGGCCGUCUCGCAGCAGCAGUCGUCGUCGGCGACCGCUAGAGGAGGCGGCAACGGGUCGGUCGGACAGCUCACCCUCUACCGUUCCCAGAACGGACACUGGCAGCGCGGCGGGAUGGUCUUGUCGGAUACGCCGUCGGAGUCCGAUGAUGAUGAUGACGACGACGACGAUGAUGAUGAUGAGGACGAAGAGCAGCAGUCUGCCGAGCCGCAGGAUGAUGACGAGGACGACGACGAUGAUGAUGACGAUGAUGAUGAUGAUGACGACGACGACGACGAUGACGACGACGAGGAGAUCGACGUCGUCACCGUCUCCGAGCGCCAGCGGCACGGCGGUGCCCCCGCUGUCGUGGCGCUGCCGGCCAACGGAACCGGCGUGGGCGCGAUCCGCUGCGCCGCCGUCCGCCAACCUCGGCCCCCGGCAACCGCCGUCGUGUCCCGCAUCACAUCCAGCGGCCGCGUCGUCACUCCCUCGCACAAGGCUCUGAACAAUGGUCAGGCGCCUCGUAGGCGACGUCGUGGCGCCCAGUCUCCCGGGUCGUCGCCCGGCGUCGCUGCCGCCGCCGCCACGAUGGGCGGCAAGCGCAAGCGUUCGCGGCAGUACCAGCAAGUCUCCCAGACGCAUCACGGGACCGUGCUGGCCCAGUCUAAGCGCGCCAGGCGCGACGACGACGGUUGUGGGUCGGCGGGCUCCUGCUCGCCAUCGGCGGGUCGUCGUGGCCAGCACGCGCUGUCCCAGCUUCCGCCCAGCGCCAAGCGCAACGAGCACAACACGAUGGAGCGCAAGCGGCGCGACGACUUGCGCGUCGCCUUCCAGGACCUGCGGGUGCAGGUACCCGCCCUGUUCGACAACACGAAAGCGGCCAAGGUCACCAUUCUGAACGAGGCCGCUGCGUACGCGCUAAAGCUCACCUACGAGGCGUGCCACCAGGAGAAAGUGUACAAGCAGGAGCAGCAGCGCCACCACAUGCUCCGGCGUAGGCUGGCACAGUUGCAGCAGCAACAUCAGCAGCAGCAGCAACGGAUACGCCAGUGCAGGCGUUGAGAGUGCAAGUCGACAGAUGUGGAGGCGGCUAGGUGGCGUCACGGCAAGCGUCGGUGAUGCUUUGUGUGCGCCGCUCCACUGACUCCUCCAUGUUCGUGACUGUGUUGGCACCAGGGUUGGAUGCCAUCUGUGCAAAACUUGCCACUAGUGGACUGCCCUGCCAGUGUGGAGCUUCUCUGCAUCAGUGCCACAAUGGUAAUGACCAGAGCCCACCUCCCUCGCCACCUGCCAUGGACUGACAACUGAACUGUGUGAAAGUGCAUACCAUCCCCCCUGUAUUGAUCGAUUUGAUGCUUCAGCCUGCUCUGUUGCAUGCUUGAACGGCCAGUCUCGACAUUGACGCUUUCUGGCUGUUCAUUGUGACAGCCGUGCAUGCGUGCUAGCCCACUGUAAUUUAUACAUAUGUUGAAAUGACUUUCUAGCACGCUGUGCAACGCUUUGUAGCUCAGGUCACGGUUGCAUCAGCAUAGAAAUGCUUCUUUGAAGUUGUGCUGUUGAAACCAGCUAGUGGCUUUUAAAAAUAAGGCAAAAUGUCUUUUAUGCAGAGGGAGAAGUGGGCUCUUGAGCACCCUACUUGCCUUUUUAAUAUUCCCUUGCUAGGUAUUGGCUGCAUGUUGACUGUGAUCUUAAAAGUUAUUGUGCAUUUUUUUUUAUGUAGGAAAGAUGGUUCGGAAAAGAGUAGUUUGUAGUUGACAGGUCAUGAUUAUUCCUGUAGCUCAGAAACUGCACGUAUUUUGAGAUGUGUGUGUAGUGCUGUGUGUGCAGAAAAAUGGGGAUGCAGCCAAUACUUGGAUUUCGAGGAACCUGAACAAGGGAAGAAAAGGUGCAGGUUUGGUGCCUCUUUGUUGGAACAGCUAGUCUUCAUGUGGUGCAUGUUUGUGGUGUUUGUGUGUUGUAUAUGCAGCGUGUUAUAUUGUUUUUAAGUUUAGCUCCUUUCUACUCUGCGCACAGCCAGCUAAGUGUUUGGCAGGGAGAAAUAGGUCUAUAGAGCUGCUGCUUCAGAGUUAAGCACAUUUUAGAUAUAGAUGUUCAUCUAUAUAUAUAUACAUAUAGUACUACCAAUCAUUGUAUGUGGGGCCUUCUUACCGGGACAUCAUUAUGGCUUCUCUUUUAGUUUUGGAAACUUGUGCCUGUUGGUGGGCUUGUAUAGUGUGCUUUCACAGUAAUUGGCCAUAUGAAGGCUUGUUUCAGCAUUUGUCUUCACCUCUCUCGCACCUGCCACUUCUCAUCCACUUGAUUUCAUGUCACAUGGUGCUAAUUAGUAUGACAGCCAGGCUCUCAUUAACAAGUAGCACCUUAGUGCAAGCCUUUUUGCUGGGGCAGCUGUAGGCACUGUUCAAUUAGAAAGGUGGCCAAACUAGGAAUGCUUCAGGGGCACGGGGUACCUGUGCAAGUUGAUUAAUUAGUAGGCUCUUGCCAGACUCGUAGCUAUUUCUUGCGCUACGUGCAGCAGCUAAAUCUAGAACCUCCUUCAACUGUAUACCAGAAACAAGCCUUGGCUUUUAUAUUGCAGCCAUGCUGCCUCAAAUUGCUAGCUGGCACGUUUUAGGUCGCUCUUGCCACCAAGAUUGCUUCUGGCACAAUACCGGCUGCUACAUUGAUUGCUUCUGCAAAAGUGAUCAGCUGGUACACAUGCUGUCUGCUUUUGAUUCCCUGCUAGGAACUUCCUUGGUGUGUUGCAGUUUCUCACGACAUACACCAAACAAUCGUGGUCAGGAGACUCGAACGGGAAGGCAGUGCUUUUUCUGCUUGUGUUCCAGGCAUACAGUUAUAGGAGACCAAGACUAUAUGUGGAUCUUAACUGCACAGCAAGCUUUAUGGAGCAAGGUAAAUGGUACUAUGAACCCUUUGCUUCAAGGGCCACUCAAAGUUUAGUUAGUGUUACCUAAUGGCAAUGCUAUUGAUUUCUCUAUGCAAGCGAGUUGUAGAUGUAGCAUAUUUUCAUGUGCAGUAGGAGCAUAUCCCCAGCCUAGAAUAUUGAUUUGGAUACUUUGGCAUGAUGCAAUGUUUCAUCCUCAAUUGGAUAUCGUUCUCUUUCACCUCCAUUUCAUUUGCCUAAGGGCUUUGGCUGCUCUUUUUGUUUCUACCGUCGAUUUACUUCACCGUGUGCAACAUUGUUUGGGCAUUAGCUGUUUUGACCUCGUGAAGUAUACUUUCAUAGUCCUUGUAGCGUCUUGCAUGUCUCAUCACUUUCUCAUUAUCAUUAUCUCAUUUCUCAUUAUGACUGCUGUUUCAGCUGUCACUUCAUCCUGAGACAGAGUUAGAGCUGGCCACCAGUGCCUCCUCGUUAUUGGGCCUGGUGUCCUGGUCAUGGGUUUGACUCCUUUGUAAGCACUCGCCUUGUGCGAUGGUACACCUGCGGUGUUCUUGAGCGCUGUAUGGGCUGCCGAGUUUGCCAUUAAGUAGAAGUCAAAAUCCAUUUGGGGAGUCUCUGCGCACCCGAAACUCUGAACAGCAAGCAAAUCUGAACAGAGUCGAAGAGAGGGACCUUGCGUGGUGAUGCCGUGAAUCUAAGCGUUGCUUUGUUCACCGAGUGUUUGGACCCUUUGUGUUCUCCAUUGUCCUUGAUUAAGACUCUGGACAAACAUUUUUACAUUUCUGCCAUUUCAUAUUUUCAUUUUAGUGUUCACCUCUUUUCGGCACUCAUAGUUAAAAUGUGCCAACUUGUUCUAUUUAUGUUCAUGCAGUAAUCGGCUACGGACAGCGAUUCAAUGCUGUUUUGCGGGUUCUUGCUUGUUGUGUGUGCAUCAAUUUCUUUUAACGCCCCAUGUAUUGCCUUGCCUGUCGCCAUGUUGCUCGCCUGCAUUUAUAGACUUUCUGCUGCAGAAAGCGAGGUUGGGGCUCUAAUUUUAGUUCUUGGCUGCCUCGUUCAUCAGCUUUUUUUAAUGGCAUAAAGUAGCACUUGCCCUCAGUCUAGCAGCAAAUACUUUGCUGUUCAUUGUAGUCUUUGUGAAAAGCUCUCUACGGAAUUGGUAUUUUCUUUGUCAUUUCUUUACCAGGGUCCUCAAUCCUUUUUUUCCUACUGAAAUCUGGCCUAGCAGCUUUGUGCCCCGUCUCUUUUAAUUAUAACGCGUGAUUUUGCACUUGUGUACCAGGACUUAUGCUAACACUAGCUAAUACUGAAGGGCAUGAAGAUUUGUUGCUUUAUUCCUGCAUUUAGUUAGGUCGUUAGUGCACCUUUCAAUCUUUGCACAGUCUGGCUACAUGGGGAGGUUGUUCUACUUUCCAUGCCUUUUUUUCUUUUUGAAAUGCAUUAUAAAGUUCCUACUCGUAGAUAUAGGUAGCAAUUAUUACAGAUUUGUAUUUGCAGUGGGUUUGUCAAUUAUAUGCCUAGUGUUUACAGGGGUAUUGCCUAUAGUGACUGCUUUCUUUAUCCUUUCCUGGUGUGAUGACUAGGAAGGGUUCUUUUGUUGCACAUGCUUCAUUAUUACACUAGCCACUUGUUUAACUCUGCCCUGCCAAGAUGUUGUACCUUAGGAUCACUGGCUUUUUUAUAAUAACUGCGACAUGAGGCGUCUUUAGCACGAUCUUGUUCAUUUCCUUCAAAUGAUAUUGUGAUACCGCGGAGUCGCUGAAGGAUUCCUUUUGUCAUAUGUCAUAUCAUUGUGUGUGUGUGUGUUAGUUGCCCGAUUGCCAUUUUGUGUAUGCGAUCUUGCGAUGGCUGGGAGUUUACGCUAGCUAAUAGAAUUGUGCACCAUCAUGGGUUGCUCCAAGUGGGGUGCCUUAGUCGGGUUUGGAAACUCGGUGCCACAUGCUGCUGAGGAUUGGAAUCUGGGGACCCUGUGGCUUCCCAAGGGUGUGUCUAUGGAAGAAUGUGGCUUGCUGUUUUUUGAACCCUGACCGAAGCACUUCACUGGGGCCUUUUGCCUUUAUCAUAAUGCAAGCCCUCUCCUUACAUGAAAGUACAGAGACUUAAGCGCUGUAGCAAUAGUUUCAAAUUGUGUUUUGUGAUGUAACCUUACCUUGGCCAUAAGUAGCGUCAUGUGUGCACUUUUUUGUUUUUUAAAUGUAAGCAUUCAAUUAAAAAAUUUUUUUAAUGCUGUGGGCAAGCUGUCCUAGCACAUUGAGUUCUGUCAUGUGGAGAAGUUCCUUCAAUGCAAAUGAAAAUGUUUUGUCUCACAAAAUGGUUCCCCAAACGAGGAUGCAAAAAUGCAAGGGUUUCACUGUGCUGUACCGUUCACAUUGUGCUGUUUCGCUCAUAAGACUGUCUUUUAAAUGCAAAUCGUUACUACCCAUGUUUUGAUUUUAAUAUUGUGCUCGUGUAAGGUUUUUAUUUUUACUUGUGUAAAUGUUGCAUUCUUGCAGUAUGGACAGCCCGGAAUUUUUCUAUCAAACUGUCGUUCGUAUCACCGCUCUAAUGAAUACCUCUCUCAUUGCCUGUAAUCCUAUACUGCCGUGCCUUAUAGUGGAAGUUGAAAAAAAAAUGCAUAGUUGUUUCAUCCAACAUUACCAUAUGCAUUUUAUAUAUACAUUGCGAUAUUCUAUAUACAUACUACAUAUAUAUAUACAUAUAUAUCAGAUGGACAACUUGCUCUUUCCCCAUUUUGUAAUUUACUGUUCCACCUCAGCCAUCAUCAUAGCAGGAUCAUAGCUUUAAUAUUGGUAAAAUAAGACAGAAGCGAAACUGUGAACAUAGGUGUUAGGAGUGCUGUAUGUAAAGAUUUUUUUUUUCUUUCAAACCGAAGAAUAGAAGGCGUUUGAAGUCUUUGUGCUGUUGAGAGGGCAUUUUUUUUUUUUUUUGCACGCGAGUUUAAGUUAUGAGUGCCAAGGAAGGAUUUCAAUAGGAUUAUCAUGCAGUUGAGAAGAAAUUAAAAUGUUGUUUUUGCUCA